ACUGUCGCUGUGUCAGUCUGCAUAUAAUUUCAUAGUAAAAAAGUGUCAUAUUACUUGAGAAUAUUAAUUAAUAGCAAUUGAUAUUCAAAAUAAGGUGGAUUGCUUCAGAGUUAUGCGUAUAACAAUCCGUAUAAAAACAAUCGUAGAAUGAAAAAACGAACAGCGCGAAUGGUUUAUAGUAUUCGCUUUCCGUCCGUGGCAUAAGGAACAAUGGAAAUUGUCUCAGACGAGCGAACUUAUACCGAAGACGUUAGCCCAGAUUCUAAGCUUCAAAAUUCACCCCAAGUUUAUCAGAAGCUGAAUCAACACUCGCUCCCCAAUGAUAUGAGUAAACAAGGAUUUGCGCAGCAGGCUCGAGUGGCUGCUGCUCCCGGCGUCAGUUCACAACAAAAUAUGUUUCAGCCUCAACAAAAUGUAAGAUCUCAAACAAGCAAUUAUUUCACGAGCAACCCUCAGAAUGUGCCAAAUGCAAGAAAUUAUCCCCAACUUCAGCAAGCAAGAACUUAUGUCUACGGAUUGCCUCAGACAACUCAAUCGUAUACAUCAUCUACUCUAAUGAGCCCUACCCAAGUGAUGCCUUAUGCAUCAUCUGGUCAAAGAAUACCAACACCCCCAUUCUCGAACCAGCCUCAGCAACCUUUCCAGAUGGCUGCAGCUGCUACAAACCAGCCGUUUUAUCCUUCUGCUGCACCAAAUACGAUGUAUUAUCCUAAUUACCCAAUGCCAAGGACCCAACAAAGAAAACGAGGCAGCAGUAAAAUAAAAAUAGUUGAUCCAAAUACUGGCAGAGAUAUUUCUGAUGAAAUUAGGAAGACUAGGCAGGCACCUGAUGGUUCAGGGGGCGGAUCAGGUGGUGGCGAUAUGCGUGCACAGUUUGCAGCACAGGUUGCAGCUACAUUAAAAACACAAAAUCAAAAUGCAGCAACAAAUUUCCAGCUUCCGUCUCUUCAGAUGCCAGGAGGUCCAGUACCAUCUCAUCCUCAAGCUACAUCUCAGAUUGCACAACCACCUCUGGCUGUUCAACGCCCAGUAACACCACAGGAACAGCGAAGGCAAACUAGUAAAAGCCCUCCUGGUGUACAGCUUGAAUCUACAAGUGUUAUGAAUGUAGCAAACUUUUCUGGUAAUACACAAAAAUUAUCCGAGAAUUCUUGCAUCAAAUAUAUGCCUCAAAUGUCUUCUCAGGCUCAAGAUCUGGUACCCAAUCAGCCACAUACUACACCUACGCAGCUCUCACCUCCAGUUUCGCCACCUGCCCAACAGACAGUUAGUCAACCAAAGCAUCCACCGCAGAUGUUCAAAAAUUCCCAGCCAGCUCAUUCCUUGCAAAUACAUCCUCCACCAUCACAGCCUACACCGUCGCAGGUCUGUCCUAUGCAGCCAUCGCAAAUGUCUGAACAGCAACCAAGAAUUACUCCUCCAAUGCCUCAAGCUUCAAAACGAGGGUUGUCACCAGCAACCCAAGUUCCUUCACCUGUAUGCCAACCUCAGACUCUGCCACAUCAAACCCCUCAGUUCAUUGCAAAUUCACUGCCUUCUCAUGAAGUGAUUCAAAAUUCCCUGAUGGCACCAGUGCCAAGUUUGCAGCAACAGCAAUUUAAUCCAUCACUUAACUUAGAAAACCCAGAAGGAAUCGUUAAAACUGAGUCUUAUAAUGAAGUUAUUUAUCCAGCAGUUUCAACAUCAGAAGCCUUAAAAAAAGAUGAUUCCCCAGAUAGACAUCUGGAUGAUUCUGCCCACUCGCAGCCAUUGCUAUCAAAACAACCCUUACCCGAAGCUCUACCACCAGAUACUAAUCAGCAAGAGGUUGUGCACACAGAGGCAGUGAAACCAGUAAAUAUUGAACCAGAUGAUGUGGUAAAUGAAGCUAAAGAAGAACCCUUGAAAAAAGAACAGCCUCCUGCUUUGAAUGAAGAAGAAAAAAUAGAAGUUGAUACUGAAAAGAAUGUUGUCGGUGGUGAAACUGUUUCUGAAACAAAAGUAAUUGAUGAGAGUGAAAGUGCAAGUGUUCAGCCACCCCCAGAAAACUCUCCAGAAGAAACUAUAAAGGAUUCAAAGAAAGAAAAGACAAAAGUAAAUGAGACAUUAAAUGUUGGAAAAACUAAAGAAGCUGAAAAUGACAAUGUUGAUAAACCAGAGAAUACCGAAACCGAAGAAGUUAAAGACCCUGUGAAACAAUCUGAAACUGCCAAUGUUAUAGAGAAGGAAGAAGAGGUAGCCAAAGAAGCAAUAGAUGUAAAGAACAUUGUAAUUAAUAUUGAAGAUAAGGUUGUUGCUGAUGAGAAUGAGAAAAAUGAAGCAAAGAACAUUGAAGAUGCUGCUGAGGAAUCUGAUGAAAGCAUCUUAGGAUACAAGUACAAAGAGGAUCAAUGGAGUCCUUUACAUCCUGAACGAAAGAAGCAGUAUGACCGAGACUUUCUAUUGAAAUUGCAGUUUGCAAAUGAAUCUCUUUUAAUGCCACUGGGACUUCCUGACCUGCCUGAUGUUAUAUUAACUAAACCACAUGAGCCAGAAAGAAGUUUUGAAAAGGUCCCUGGAUCUGGUUCUUUUGAAAGUGUUUUUGAUUUUACACCAAAAUAUAUGAGGGCAUCUAAAACUCCUGGAAGUGUUAGAAAUAUUCCCAAAAGAGGUAGCCAGCAAGGGGGCGUACGUAAAGAAGUAAAGAAAAUAACUGGAGUCAGUUUAUCGACUGAGGUGCCACUAAAAAGAUGUGAUAAUGCUUGGAAACCAACACAUAAACAAAGUAAGGAGGAGGAGGAAGAUGAUGAGGAUGAUAUCAAUAAGAAAGUAAGAAGCAUUUUAAACAAGUUAACACCCCAGAAAUUUGAAGUCUUGCUGUCCCAAAUCAAAGAAAUAAACAUCAAUACCGAAAAUAAGCUUAAAAUUGUAAUUGGCUUAUUAUUUGAGAAGGCUAUUAGUGAACCCAGCUUCAGUGUUGCGUAUGCAAAUCUUUGCAAUUGUCUUGUAAAAAUAAAGGUCCCUUCAUCAACACACCAAGGCACAGUGAACUUCCGAGAUACUUUAUUAAAUCGAUGUCAAGUUGAAUUUGAAAAGCAUUCUUCUGAAGAAGCUGACCUCAUUAAAAAGCAGAAGGAGCUCGAGAGUGCUGAGAGUGAUGAAACUAAAAAGAGGUUAAAAGAAGAGUUAGAAGAAGCAUUUUCAGCUGCCAAGAGACGAUCGAUAGGAAACAUACGGUUUAUUGGUGAACUUUUUAAAUUAAACAUGUUAACAGAGAAAAUUAUGCAUGAUUGUGUUAGUAAUUUGCUAAAAUCCAGAGACGAAGAGAGUUUAGAGUGUUUAUGUCGCUUGUUGAAAACAGUUGGCAAGGAAGUGGAUUCCGAUGUAUCAAAAAACUUGAUUUUUGUAGCAUCACAAGGACGGGUUCCGUCAAUGGGUGGUGCAGGUGGAGUAGAGGAGGGUUGGACUCCAGUGAGAUCGUCAAAACUUGACAUAAAUAAAUUACGACUGCCAUGGAAAAAAAAUGAAAAUGUUCAAUUGGGUCCUGGUGGAGGAAAUCCUGCUGGUUGGGGUCGUGGAAGCAGUGGUGGUCUUAAAGGUACACAGGAAUCAGAGAAGCCUGUAAACAGGUUUUAUGCCUUGAGCCGAAAUGAUGAUGAUAGUCGAACUACGAUAUAUCCCCGAAGGGGAGCCAGCCCUGGUCGAAGUGAAAUUGGACGUUCUUUGACAUCAAGUUCCAGUGCAAGUAGUAGUGGCUCUAGAAACAAGAUUUCUUCAUUACCAUCUGAAGAAGGUGAUAAAGAUAGUGGAUUGGCAAGGAAUAUUCAUAAUAGAGGCAGUAGAACUUUAUCACAGGUUCCUAGCCGAGAAAGCAGUCAAUCUCGAGAAAAAUCAUUAAAGAAAACUGUUGAAAUUUUAAAUGAAUUUUUCAGUUCUGAUAAUUUGGAAGAGGCAAAGCUCAGCAUUCAGGAACUUUCUGAUCAACAAAAGUUUGUAGUUGAUGCUUUUAACCUUAUUUUGGAACGAUCAGAAGCUUCACGGAAACAGUCAGGAAAACUUUUCUCAGUUUUAUUGAAAGAAAAAAUUAUAGAGGGUAAACGAUUUACUCAAGGCUUAAUGGAAAUUCUAGAAAUUGCGGAGGACAUGCAGAUUGAUAUACCUAAAAUUUGGCAAUAUCUUGGUGAACUCAUUAGUCCUGUAAUACAAGCAGGCGGUAUGCCUUUGAGUUUUUUGAAAAUGGCAUGUGAACCUUUGAAGAAAUCAAAUUUAGGUGGUAUAUUACCAUCAGAAAUAUUAAAGGAUCUUUGUAAGACGAUGGGGCAAGAUAAAGCAGCAGAAUUAUGGCAAUCUUCAAAAUUACAAUGGUCUGAUUUCUUAGAUGAGAAAGAUAUUGAUUCAUUUAUAAAAGAGAAGAAACUUGAAUAUACACUUGGGGGAAGUGUUUCCAAACCAGUGCCAGGUUCCUUGACAAUAGCCAACAUUCAAUCAAUGUUAACUGAAUUAAUAUCUAAAUCUGAACUUUCUGAGAAUGAGAUAACUGCCUGGAUAGAGGCUUAUGUCUCAGAGCAACAGAAGAAAGAUCCUUUGGUAAUCCGUGCUAUUAUGACUGCAGUAUGUUCAAGUUGUCUCUCAGGUCCAAAUUUCAUGCCUCAAGAACAAAAGUUGCGUGGUUAUUCCAGUUUACUGAAAAAGUAUUUGAAAAAUAAAGACGACGAGGUGCAUGCCCUAUAUGCGCUCCAGUUAUUGGAUUCCAAACUGGAGCACCCACCAAGUGUCUUAAAAAAAUUAUUUGUUAUAUUAUAUGAAGAGGUAAUUUCUAAACAAGCCUUCAUCAGUUGGGGAAAGUCUACUGCGCCUGCUGAGAAUGAAGGUCGAGGUGUUGCUCUUAAACAAGUCUCUCACUUUUUAAAUGACCUAGAAAAAGAUGAUGAUGAUGAUGAAAUUGAUGCAGAUGACAGUUGAUUUUUAAAAAAUAACAUUUUUUUUUAGGUAAAGAAAACAUGGAAAAACAUGAAA